AAGGGCCAUGAACGAUGUGUUCCGCGAAGCAAUCGGGCACUUUGUUCUGGUUUACCUUGACGACAUCUUGGUUUAUUCCAAGACUGAAGAGGAGCACACUCAACACCUAAAAUGGGUGUUAGGAAAGUUGCGAGAACACAAGUUCUAUGCUCGUUUAUGGAAAUGCCAUUUCUACAAACGCGAGCUGGAAUACCUCGGUCAUCUUGUCGGGAACGACGGACUCAAAGUCGACCCCAAGAAGGUGGUGGCUGUUCAGAAUUGGCCCGUCCCACAAGACGUGGGCCAGAUCAGAUCCUUCCUAGGCCUGGCCAAUUAUUUCCGCCGGUUCUUGGAAAAUUACUCAACUGUCGUUGCCCCUCUGACAGCACUCACCCGAAAGGGUAGUGCAUGGGAGUGGACUCGACAAUGCCAAGAGGCAUUUGACAAAGUCAAAACAAAGCUGACAAAUGCUCCGGUUCUGGUAUUGCCAAAUCCUUCUAAACCCUAUGAGGUGGUCACAGACGCCUCGACAGUAGGGAUUGGGGCGGUACUCUUGCAGGAGGGCCGCCCAGUGGCAUUUGAGAGUAGGAAACUCUCCCCGGCAGAGCAGCGCUAUACGACGUCAGAACAAGAGUUGCUGGCGGUCGUGCAUGCGCUGCGCACAUGGCGAUGUUAUCUGGAAGGUGUGGAGUUUGUGGUCACGACAGAUCACUGUCCGAACACCUAUUUUUCUACUCAAGCCACGCUCACUCGGCGCCAAGCCCGCUGGGCAGAACUCCUUAGUGGGUUCACAUUCGAUAUUCGAUAUCUUGCAGGUUCUACGAACAUGGGUGACCCCCUCAGCAGACAGCCGAUAGGGGCAGCGACUCGGCUUGAAGAAACCGAGGAUAAGGCACCGCCAAGCCAGCCGCAUUGUCGCGGAAAUGCGAGCGGCGCGCCGGGCUGCCGCGCUUUCCGCGCGAGAACGGCGUAUCCCUUCUCGCGCCGGGUCGCGCGCGCGAGGAGCAGGAGCCAUGUUGCCCACGAAACGGAAACCGGUUUCCAAGAAACGGAAACUGGGAGCCAUGAGAAGCGAUUUAGGCCUUCCCUUUGGCCAUCUCGUGUCUGCGUUUUGAGAGCUCGUUCGGAUAUCACCGCCGGAUACAGCUUUCUUGCUCCUGCUAUAGCGCUCUCCUCCCCCGUUUCCCUGCUCGUCUGCCCUUCGUCGCUCUCACUCACGCGCGCACCACAUCAAGUCUCAAUCGCGUCUAACGUCGUACUAUCGUUCGCCAUCGCCGAUACUAUCGUCAAAGCCUCGGGCACCCGAACAACUUGUUCAGCAUCAAGCCUCCUUAAAGGAGGAAAGCGGCAUCGCUCCGCGCGACAUCUCAUUCUCCUGUCGCCUCACCGAGGAGGAGCGAGUAGCAUUGUAUCAACCGAGGCUCUUCGCGCAUCUGUAUCAACGGGUUGGAUCCUCCUGGCGACACCGCGUGCGACAUUUGAUUCUCCUUUGCCGAGGGGUCACUUCGCGGCAAUGGCAGCAGCAGCAGCAGCAGCAGCAGCAGCGAGCAUGUCGCAUUGCCAUCGUCGUCGCCGGCUCUGCAGUUCCCGCCUGCUGCUUCUCGCGGUGUCGCUGGUCAUGCUGGCACUGGCAGGCGUGACCACCGCUGUCCGCCUGCCUACAAGUAGCGGCUCUUGCUUUGAUGUCACGCCGAAUGGCCCAUGUGGCACGUGGGAUGGUUUCUUUGGGGAGUGCACGGAGACAGCCACAGGGUACAAAUGCACGUGUGAACCUACAGGCAUGGUGGCCGACCCCUUCAACAAUGGUUCUCAGACUUGCGUUGCUGACCCCUGCAAGACGAAUGGAGCCGGUCUGACAUACGACCGCUGCGGCCAGAACGGCACGUGCACUGUGGUGGGCAAGGGCAACACGUGCACCUGUUCUGGCACCGACCUAUUGUAUAACGAUACGAGGAACUCUCAGAUAUGCUUCGAAGAUCCCUGCAAGGCCAUCGCUCUUUGGCCCUUUGGCCCCUGUGGGAAGAACGGCACAUGCACUGUGGUGGGCAUGGGCAACACGUGCACCUGCAACUCCACUGAAUUCGUUGUCGAAUCCGGCCUGGACGCCACGUCCCCCCAGCAGAUAUGCUACAGCAACCUCUGUCUCUCCGACCCCUGCGGCCCCUACGCCACACGCUGCUUGCCUCUGCCGGGUUAUUAUAACUGCACUUGUGCUGCUGGCGCCCUGCUGGUGGGUACGAGUGCGGAGGAGAACACUCCCUACUGCAAGCCUUCUGGCAACUGCAAUGACGGCACGCGGUACGGCCCCUGUGGCGAUUGGUCUCAUCAGGAGGGGGAGUGCACGGAGACAGCCACAGGAUAUAGCUGCAUCUGUGGACCUAGAGACAUGGCGUUUGAUCCCUUCAACAAUGGCUCGCUGACUUGCAUCGAUGAUCCCUGUAAGCACGACAAUCUGUGCACGAACGGCACGUGCACUGUGGUGGGCACGGGCAACACGUGCACUUGUUCUGGCACCGACCUGGUGUAUAAGUCAUCGAAUACCUCGCAGAUGUGCAUGUCUGCGGAAACGGCUCGAUAUGUUUUACACCCUGAAAAUCUUAUCAGCACCGCCAAGAGUGCAUCCACUGAAUAUUCACUUCGACCUCCGUUGCUUCAGAUGUUUAGCAUUCUCUUCUCCAUCUCGAUGUCAAUCUUCUUCUAGUGAUGUUGGCUUUGUCAAACAUAUAUUUACGGUAUAUGCUACUACAGGAUAGUGCUAAAUUAUAUAUGUUAGAUAUAAUUGUAGGCUUGGCAGGUGUUACCGAAACCUGCUGUAGAGGGUACAACCCCCUUGUAUCCCGCUCUCUUCUAAUC